AUGGCUUUAACAGUAUUUUCCAAGAUUUCAGGGAAUAUCAACAGUAAAACAUCAUCAUCAUCAGUAGCAGCAGGAUGUUUAGAUUAUUGUGGCAUAGAUACGAUGUUGCAUAUCACAUGUUGUCAAUAUACAAAAGAGCAAUCAAUAAGACAUUUAGAACAAAUUAAAGCAUUGGGGUUAAAAAAUAUUUUGGCUCUUCGUGGUGAUCUUCCCCGGCAGGACGAAAACACAGCACUGUAUAAAUAUCGCGCUUUAGAUCUCAUUCGAUGGAUAAAAGAGGAGUAUAACGAUUACUUUACUAUUGCAUGCUCCGGCUAUCCUGCUGGACAUCCUGAGGCUCCGAGUUAUCGAGCUGACCUUUUAUAUUUAAAAGCAAAAGUAGACGCAGGAGCGGAUUUUAUUAUUUCUCAAAUAAUUUUCGAUUGCAAAAUUUUCGAAAAUUUUCUACGUGAUUGUCGUGAAAUUGGUAUUACUGUACCAGUUAUUCCUGGGAUCUUACCAAUUCAGAGUUAUGAGAGUAUUCGUCGUAUCGCAGAAUUAUCACAGUUAAUCAUACCUGAUUCUAUCCUUGUUAGUUUGAAACCGAUCAAAAAUGAUGAUGAUGCCGUACGUAAUUUUGGCAUCCGACAUGCUGUUGAUUUGUGCCAAACACUUUUUACCAAUGGUAGCACAACAUCUAUACAUCUCUUUACAUUAAACCAAGAAGUUUCUUCAAGGGAAAUUUUACAACAGUUAGGGCUUUGGCCACGUUCGCCGGUUCGGACCCUGCCUUUGCGUUUGUUUGGUGAAAAUCAUCCUAUGCGUUGCAAAGAAAAUGUGCGACUUAUUUUUUGGUCAUUACGACCGAAAUCACAUGUUUUCAGAACCCGUUGGAUAGUAUUGGUAAGAAGAGAUGACUUCCCGAAUAGUCGUUGGGGUGACAGUAGUUCGCUAGUGUUCAGCGAUCUUAAAGAUUACUAUUUAUUCUAUUUGAAAGGACAGUCAAUUCAGGAUGAACAACUUCGAAUGUAUGGUGAACGUUUAGAAAUCCUUGCUGAUAUACAAAAAAAUCCAUUUGUUGGCUGGAGAAAACCAAGUGGCUAUUGUUAUCAGAAGGCAAUAAUUGGCCAGACAAAUACUGAAAGCGUUAUGCCGACUGCUGUUACUUUGGGUGUAUUUCCAGGUUCUGAAAUUGUGCAGCCAAUGAUGGUUGAUCCUCCUUCAUUUCGUGUUCGGAAAGAUGAGGCUUUUGACGCUUGUUUAAAUUGUGAUCUUGUAAUGCAGAUCAAUCAGCGAUGUGAUUGCGGAGUUAUUUCAUUGCUUUUUCGUUUUUCUCAUAUUGAUUCUGCAAAUCGGCUCGUUGAUUUAGAACUGGUGAUGCGCUCAAUUUUGAAUGAUAUAACACAUUUCUAUUGUUAUUAUUAUUCCUGGGAUAUUAUGCAGCACUAG